AUGUCUGCGGUUACGGGCACCUUCCGCAUUGUCUCAGAGGAGGAGCAGGCCCUGCGCACCAAGCUGGAGCGCCUCACCACCAAGGACCACGGCCCCGUCUUUGGGAGGUGUGAGAAGAUCCCCCCGCACACCCUGCAGAAGGCAAAGGAUGAGCUGAACGAGACAGAGGAGCAGAGGGAGGUGGCGGUGAAGGCACUGCGGGAGCUGGUGCAGGAGCGGGCAGGCGGCGAGGAGGUGUGCAAGGCAGUGGCCGAGAAGGUGCAGGGGAAGGACGACUCCUUCUUCCUCCGCUUCAUCCGCGCCCGCAAGUUUGACAUCCACAGGGCCUAUGACCUGCUGAAAGGCUACGUGAACUUCCGCCAGCAGUACCCUGAGCUCUUUGACAACCUGACCCCUGAGGCCGUGCGCAGCACCAUUGAAGCUGGCUACCCCGGCAUCCUGGCCAGCAGAGACAAGUAUGGCCGGGUGGUGAUGCUCUUCAACAUCGAGAACUGGGAUUAUGAGGAGAUCACCUUUGAUGAGAUCCUUCGUGCCUAUUGUGUUAUCUUGGAGAAGCUGCUGGAAAAUGAAGAGACCCAGAUCAAUGGGUUCUGCAUCAUUGAGAACUUCAAGGGCUUCACCAUGCAGCAGGCAUCAGGGAUCAAACCCUCUGAGCUCAAGAAGAUGGUGGACAUGCUGCAGGACUCCUUCCCAGCGCGGUUCAAGGCCGUCCACUUCAUCCACCAGCCUUGGUACUUCACCACCACCUACAACGUGGUCAAACCAUUCCUGAAGAGCAAACUGCUGGAGAGGGUCUUUGUGCACGGGGAGGAGCUGGAGUCCUUCUACCAGGAGAUUGACGCUGACAUCUUGCCAGCAGACUUUGGUGGCAACCUGCCCAAGUAUGACGGCAAAGCAACUGCAGAGAAACUCUUUGGGCCCCGCAUUGAGGCUGAAGACACGGCUCUCUAA